UUGCGCGGUUCGGUUUUGAAAAUUACUCUUCUGUUAGGUCGCGUUUAGUGGCAAGCUGCAUCCAUAGAUCCUUACGGUGUGAAAAGCGCUUUACCUCAUUACUGGAACAAAUUUUCGACCAUAUCCGGGCAUGGUUUAAAAAUUUUUACUUCGAGUGGUAAGCGUAGUGUUGAAGAUUUUCGUUUACAUAAGGAAAAAAAAAAACGAAAUUUGAAGUGUUUAUUGACCUGUGAUUGGCAUCGCUGUGCUGCUUCUUUUCAGCAACGUGCUCGUGCAUAAAUUGCAGUGACCGGGAUACGACGCGAAAAAGUAGCCGGCAAAAAGAAGCAACAAGCCGUGGGAAUAAGAAAUAGUGGAAAUUAAGUUUAUCCGUGCAACAGCAGUUUACAAAAGUGUUUAAAUACCUAGAAAGGAUUUUUUUUUGCAAACUGGUUGUUUCAGUGUUUAAAAAGCUGGAUUGUGUCAAAAGAAGUGUAAGAAAAAAGUAGUCAAAGAAACCUGCCCCAACUUUCAUAUCAUGAUUUGAUAAUACGUCGAAGAAGAUCCUACUGUGUGCGAAUGUGUUGUGAUGAUCGCUGUAGGAAACAAAUAAAUGUUGCAAUGUUGCCGAAAAUCAAGAAUAGAUCUUAACCAUCCAGUAUCGUUCUGUGAUGCAGGGCAGAUGAGCGGUUAUACAUACUAAUCGAUUAUCGUAAUUUUAAUCGAUCUAUCAAGGCUGCCAUCUUGCUGCCGGAUUUACACUAUUACUACCGCCAACCAACUAAGCUAGGCUGACAAAGAAUAACGUGCUCAUCCGCCUUCUUCUACACUAUUCUAACGAGACCAAAAACGUGCAAAGCACAAUGAGUAGGAUUUACCUUUUCUAUAUCCUAUGCUUAACGUCAACAUUCCUCAGUCAGAUCGAAAGCUCGGGUCUGUUUGAGCUGAAACUAAAAUACUUCAAAAACGAGCGAGGAGUGGAUAACGAAGGCGCUUGUUGCACAGGACGAUCCGAUUCCAACGGCAACUGUAUCGGCGCAUGCAAAACGAGAUUUCGUGCGUGCUUGAAACAUUAUCAAGCCAAGAUUGACACCUCAUCGCCGUGCACGUUCGGUGAUGUCAUUACGCCCGUUCUCGAAGGAAGUUCGCUAAACCUGACCGAGAAAAGCAAGCAAGAAGGAUUCGAAAAUCCGAUACGAUUUCCGUUCGAAUUUGGAUGGCCGGGCACCUUUACGUUGAUUGUGGAAGCAUGGCUUGACACAAAUGAAAGCACAUCGCGAUCACCCGGUAAGUUGAAAAAUAACUGCAUUUUAGGAGGAUUAUUUCUGUAGGUAGGUUUAUAUAGC